AUGUAUGUCAACAGCUUGCCGCCUGACAUGGACACAGCAUCCGCCUGCAGUACAGAAUCCAGUGACGGGAUUAACACGUUCAAGAAAUGCGAGGAGACCCGUGAAGACGCGGGGUCGACAGCGUCCUCUCCGGAGGACAACGUGAAGGAACUCUGCCAGGAUAUGGACACGCAGGUCGACUCCUUUAUUCCAACAGUCACCGCAAUCGCUACUACCCCAGAUUUCCAGUGGAUGGUCCAGCCGACCAUCAUUACAUCCGUCAGUCAGACUCUUGGCAGCAAGCCGGCCAAUAGCGUGCAGAGCUCUCCCCGAGCAGCAUCCAAAGUAGGCGGGACAAAGGGGAAAAAUUCUGCAAGGAAGGGGAAAGCAGAACAGCUCUCUCCAGCGGAUGAGGAGAAGAAGAAGGUGCGAAGGGAGCGCAAUAAAAUGGCUGCAGCCAAGUGUCGCAACAGGCGACGGGAACUCACAGACACCCUGCAAGCUGAGACGGACAUACUGGAGGAGGAGGGAGCCGCUCUGGAGCUGGAGAUCGCCAACCUGCUGAAGGAGAAGGAGAGACUGGAGGACGCCCUCUCCACGCACAAACCCAUGUGUCAGCUGCCCGAGGAGCUGGGCGUCAUGUUCCGGGACGCCGCCGCCGCCACCGCCGGCGGGCCCCCCGACUUCCCCCCCGGCAGCCCGAGCGGUGAGGACAGGCUCCAGGAGGACGGGGGCAGCCAGGACGGCGUCCUCCUGCAGGACGGCAUGGACGCCCAGCCCAGCGACCCGUCCGCCGCCAUCUCCGGCGACUCCGACAUCCUGCUGUGCGCCAGCGCGGAGAUCAGCGGCUGUGACCUGGAGCCGUCCCUGGAGGUGAAGGAGGGGGCGCUGCUGGACGAGCUGGUGUCGGGCCUGGAGGACGACGACGGGGCCCCCAUGGAGACGGGCCGCUCGGUGCCCGACAUCGACCUGAGCAGCUCGCUGGGGGUGUCCGACUGGGAGACGCUGUACAAGUCGGUGUCCGGGGACCUGGAGCCGCUGAGCACGCCGGUGGUGACCUCCACACCCACCUGUAACAGUUACCUGUCCGUCUUCACGUUCGCCUGUCCCGAGCUGGACGCCCUCCCGGAGGGGAUGGAUGGCGUCAAGGGCGGAGCGGGAAAGACUGAAUCAGGGGACCUGCUCAACUCGCCCACUCUCCUCGCUUUGUAAGGUCUAAAGAGGGAGAGAUGUUCUGAGCUUGGAUCGCUUUUUACCAGAUCCAUGGUUUUGAAAUUGUUCCACCGAUGUAUGCCCACGGUAUUCUAUGACACUUUAACGAGAAACUGCAUUCAUGACAUGUAUUGUAUGCGUGUGUGCCCAAUCAGAAAUAUAAACUUUACUACAUGGUAAUGGAGCUGAAAGCAUGCCUUUUUAAGUUUCAUAAAAGGGAGAUGAGUUCUGGCGUUAUAGCGCAUGCUGAGGAUUGUCAGAGCUCAUGUUUGAUCUGUUACUAGAUCUAAGAUGUAUUGUUGAAUUAAUGUUACAGUUUGGUUUCGUGUCAGUGUCAGUGAUGUGAUGACUGCUGUGACCGUUUUAACCAUCCGUGCUCCGCCUGACAUACCUCACACCACCGACUCGUCAAAACCAUCGUUACACUGUUUAUGGUUUUCCAUGAAAACAUCCAUAUAUCUAUCAAGAUGUAAUUUAUGAUAAUUUAUUUUUUUACUUCUGAGAAUUUGACUUAUUCGUCAAAUAAUUCAAACAAAAGAGCAUUGAUUGCUUAUUUAUUCUGGAUAAUCAUAAUAAAUGUUCACUCAGUGAUGUCUGGAUAACCUUU